UUGUAAAUAAACCCAACGUCGGGGAAAAAUUCCCAAGGUCAAAGAUCCAUGUGCUCGUCUAUUUUAAUACAUCCAAUGGGAUGAAUGAAGAGAAGGGUCAAAGCAAUAUCAUUGGUUCAAAAGUAGGACGAUCAUGUUUCCAUCUCGUGCUCGAAAAUUUCACGAAGGUAUGCUUGUUUCGAAUAGUGCAUGCAACGAAGAUAGUCGUGUUUCUGGAAGCUCUUAGAAAUGGCAUCAGACAGAGGAAUAUUUGUACAUUUAAUUGCUGGGGGUGCUGGAGGCACGGCGGGCGCGGUAGCGACCUGUCCGCUCGAAGUGGUGAAGACGCGCUUACAGUCCUCCCUGGGAACGUCACUGACGGCAUCUCACCCCGCAUUUCGUCCAUCCCACAAUACCGUGCUGGCGGCCCAUGCAGCUGGUAUCCACACGAGUCAGGGGGCAGUAAUACCUCUCAUGAGAUCACCGACCGGGAGUCUAAGAUAUUGUCUGGCGUAAGUAAUGCAGGUUAAAU